AUGCGAAUACUGGUCAACGGCGCCGGCGUCUGUGGCCCGGCCUUCGCGUGCUUCCUCCUGCACUCAUCGCUCGACUGCGCCAUCACCAUUGUCGAGCGCAGCCCCGAGCUCCGCACGGGCGGGCAGCAGAUCGACCUGCGCGACCAGGGCAUCCCGGUGAUGAGCCGCCUGGGCCUUCUCGAGGUCGUCAAGCAGCGCACCGUCCCAGAAACCGGCCUCGUGUUCGUCAAUGACAAGGGCCAGCGGCUGGGUGUCUUUGGUGUAAACGAUUCGGGCAAGGGACCACAGUCGUUUGUCAGCGAGUACGAGAUUAUGCGCGGCGAUCUCGUGCAGGUCCUAUACGACGAGAGCCUCAAGCUGGCUGCCGCCUUCAAAGAAAGCGGCAAGAGGUCACUCAGGUACGAGUACGGCAAGUACGCGACCGACAUCCAGCAGGACAACGACGUUGCGCAUGUAGUCUUCUCGGACGGCAGCAGGGGCGAGUACGACCUCGUCGUCGGCGCGGACGGCCAGGGCUCAAAGACCCGGCGCAUCAUGUUUGGCGAGGAGGCCGGCGCCAAGAUGUUUGAGUCGCGCGACCUAUUCAUCGGCCUGUGGACACAACCCAAGUCGGAGAGCGACAAACAGCACAAGGAGGCACUCGUCAUGCCCACCCUUGGACGGCGACUGCUGACGAUACGCACCGGCGCAGAGAGCGGGACCCAGUCGCUGUACGCGAUCAUGGGCAAGACACAGUUCCUUCGAGACGUGCAGAAGAACCAGUCUGUCGAGGAACAGAAGCGGACGUGGGCGGCGCUGUUCCAGGACUGCGGGUGGGAGUCGAAGCGCAUGAACGAGGGCCUGAUGGCCGCCGACGAUUACUACAUGUCCGAAAUUGGCCAGGUCAAGUGUUCCUCCUGGAGUAAAGGGCGGUCGGUCCUGCUGGGAGACGCCGGGUACUGCCCGGGGCCGAUCACGGGUUUGGGAACCACGUGCUCGCUCAUGGGCGCUUAUACCCUGGCCGGCGCGCUCGCGGAGAACCCGGGCGACUUUGAGGCGGCAUUCGCCCGGUACGAGAAGGACCUGAGGCCGUUUGUCAAUGGCGCACAGACACUCCCGCCCGGCAUACCUGGGAUAUUGUACCCAAGCACGAGAUUUGGCAUCGCUUGCUUACAGUGGGCUGUCUGGACCAUCGCCUUACUCAAGAUCGAUCGUUUCUUUGCCUUCUUUGCGCCGAGUGCGAAGAAGGAGUACGAGGUGCCCGAGUACCCGGCUCUCAAUCUCCCAGCGGUGCAGACGAGUGCUUGA